AGCCAUGUCGAACGCAAUGUAUAAUAAGAUAUGGCAUCAGACCCAAGAAGCCCUCAAUUCUUUGCUUGACAAAGAGUCUCAGAAGAUAGACCCCCAUAAAAAUCAAGUUUUCAUCUUCCAAAUGUUAGCCACCUUCUACAUAAAAUACAUACAGAUCUUUAGAAAGCUGGAGAAUGUCUAUGACCAGAUAGUCCAUCCACAAAAGCGAAUACUGAUCCGGAAAAUGCUGGAUGGGGUGAUGGGUCGCAUCCUGGAGCUGAAGAAUGAAAUGGUCGAGUUGGAAUUCACCGAGUUUCACUAUUUUGAUGACAUUUUACAGGACCUAAAGUUGGCUCCUCAACAAUUAGAUAUUCCCAUUCCCAGGUAUUUUUUGAAGGAGAAGUUGGAAGUAAUAAAAGGAAGAGAGAAAAUGCUUGCUCAGAUAUUAGCCGACAGUGAAUUAGCUACAACGAGCAUGGUUGGUAUAUCAUUUUAA